AUGCUAGAUGAUGAGAAAGGGCAAGAGUGGGGACAUGUGAGGUGGGCAAGACAAGUUCAAUGGCUAGUGCAGAGUUUUGGAGACAAUAACUGCCAAUUUUUGGACGUGGUCCUUGAUGGGAUGCCGGACCUGUUGUGCGACUACCUAUCGGACAUGUACACUGACUGGGCAGCAUUCCUCGCAGGGGUUAACAACGUACCUAUCAACCAGCUUGCUAGAGCAAGACUACGAGCAGCCAAAGAAUGGACUAUGAGAGAAGAUAUUGCGCAGCUAAAGGCUAGACUACAGCCUCAGCAGCAAGCACCGUCAACACGUCCCUACUCGACAAACCCGCCGGCAUACAGACCGUACCCUCACCCAUUCAGCAACGCAACCACCAUUCCAUUGAUGCAAGCACCUGCCAUGACGGUACAGCAACCUGCCAGUCAGAGUCAGCCGAACCUCGUCUCCAUGAUACCAUACCAGGUACCUAUGUAUCAGCCUCAGCCAAUAACACCCGGGCAGAAUCCAUUCACGACGACAGGAGCAGUACCCAGCACCAAUUUGUUCUACCAUUACCAACCAUUCCAACAAACUCCAUCUCGUGCAAACGCCGUAGAUCGCGUCCGCAUAGCAGCACAAUAUUCCAUGCUCCAGCACCACCAAGACUCGGAAACAGGUCGAGCAGCGUACAACCAACAGGUGAAGGAAUGGCAUGAUAAGCACGGCACAGACGCCAUGCCUCACACAGGAUGCCCUUACCCAUUGAGACCAGGUUCAGCGCCUUUAUGGUCACGGGAAUGUUUCACGUGCGGACUGGUAACCACACCAUCGCACCAAGCUGCCAAUUGUCCCCAUCAACUGACCGUACCACAGGAGACCAAAUGGUGGGACAUGCCAUCAGAGGGCAAAACUGUUAAGACCGUGCACAAAGGGUAG